UGCAGAGGGCGCUCUCUUACGAGUGACAUCCUCUGUGAGUCUCUGCUGUGACGUGCGGGGAGAGACAGGGAUAAAAACCGUGCGGCGGGAGAGAGUGAUGCCAUACAGCGUGAGGAGGCAGAGGUAGUGCCCAGGUGUCCCACGCCCUGUCGCUUUCUCGGGUUGGCACUAGGAAGGUUUGUGAAGAGAGGAAUAGCCCAGUUUAGGGCACACACAGGGGCCUCACAAUUCACUGAGCGGAACAGAGGAAGGCACGCACGUGGAAGAGAGCUAUUAAUACUGUAAGGCUGCCAUCUGGGUACCGCACAGCACCCUCCCAUAUACACUGCUAGCAGCACCCACCCAUAUACACAGCUAGCAGCACCCAAGCCGGGGCACAUCUCUGACGAACUUCCCAGUGUCUCUCUGUAAGCGGCACCUAGAGCCUGUGCCAUGGCAGCGGGCAGCGUGAAGAGAAGGCAGUCCGGUCCAACCAAGACGGAGGAAGAGGACCGGCAGGCGUCUGAAAAGAUGCUCCACCAGAACGGGAGCGCCGAGCCUACGGACAGCGCCGGCGGAGCAGUAGAGCUGCAACGCACCAUCACCCUGGUCAACGGGGUCGCUAUUAUAGUGGGCACUAUCAUCGGCUCCGGGAUCUUCGUGACCCCGACCGGUGUGCUACGUGAGGCGGGCUCCCCCGGGCUCUCGCUAUUGGUAUGGGCCGUGUGCGGCCUCUUCUCUAUUGUGGGCGCUCUAUGUUAUGCCGAAUUGGGUACCACCAUCUCAAAGUCCGGGGGAGACUAUGCCUAUGUGCUGGAGGUGUACGGUCCACUGCCCGCCUUCCUAAAGCUCUGGGUGGAGCUGCUCAUCAUCCGGCCCUCAUCGCAGUACAUCGUGGCUUUGGUGUUCGCUACCUACCUGCUCAAGCCGGUCUUCCCUACCUGCCCAGUGCCUGACGAUGCGGCCAAGCUAGUGGCCUGCCUUUGUAUCUUGCUGCUGACUGCAAUUAACUGUUACAGUGUGAAAGCAGCUACCAGGGUACAAGAUGCAUUUGCCGCAGCUAAGCUACUGGCUCUUUGUCUGAUCAUCAUUCUUGGCUUUGUUCAACUCGGGAAAGGGGGAGUGGAGAACCUGAAGCCAGAAAAUGCCUUUGAAGGAACUAGCACCAAUGUUGGUCAGUGGGUACUGGCAUUGUACAGUGGGCUUUUUGCUUAUGGAGGAUGGAAUUACUUGAACUUUGUGGUUGAAGAGAUGAUUGAGCCUUACAAGAAUCUGCCUCGUGCCAUUAUUAUUUCCAUGCCCAUUGUAACCCUGGUUUAUGUUCUUACUAACCUGGCAUAUUUCACUACUCUGUCUACCGAGCAGAUGUUGAAUUCAGAAGCUGUGGCUGUUGAUUUUGGGAAUUACCAUCUCGGGGUCAUGGCCUGGAUUAUACCAGUAUUUGUGGGAUUGUCAUGCUUUGGCUCGGUUAACGGCUCCCUGUUUACUUCCUCCAGACUUUUCUUUGUGGGAGCCAGAGAAGGGCAUCUUCCUUCCCUACUAGCCAUGAUCCACCCAAGGCUUCUGACACCAAUGCCUUCACUAAUAUUCACUUGCGCCAUGACACUCCUCUAUGCUUUCUCUGAUGACAUAUUCUCUGUAAUCAACUUCUUCAGCUUCUUUAACUGGCUUUGUGUAGCCCUGGCUAUAAUAGGUUUGAUGUGGCUCCGUUACAAGAAACCUGAACUAGAGAGGCCUAUCAAGGUAAACAUUUUGCUGCCUAUUUUUUUCAUCCUUGCCUGCUUUUUCCUCAUCGUUGUGUCAUUCUACAUGACACCUGUUGAGUGUGGAAUUGGAUUUAUCAUUAUUUUGUCUGGUGUUCCUGUUUACUUCUUUGGAGUCUGGUGGCAGAAUAAACCCGAAUGGCUCCUGCAUGGCAUCUAUUCUAGUACUGCGCUUCUUCAGAAAGUCAUGGAGGCUGUCCCUCAGGAGUCUUAAUUCCAAUAUAGUUCAUGCUCUCUCUAAACGCACAGAAAAAAAACUAUUUUUCAAAGGAGUUAAUAAAGGUAGUAGUAAAAUACUCCUUCCAGCCACCACAAACAUCUGUGGAAACAGAUUCCUAAUACCACCAGCCACAUGGACCACAACAGGAGGAUCUUAGUAUGAAGGCAAGCUUUAUUCCCUGCUAACUGGGAAAUAAUGGGUUACAGGUGCACUCUGUGAGGUAUAUGCCACAUCUACAAGAAUUCUUCUGCAACGUCAAAAAGACUGUUGUUCAACAACACCACUGUAUAAGCUGUAAGCUGCUCAUUGAUCUACAUUUGCUAGAACUCUUAUCUUUCUGAAAUAGACUCCAUAUUAGAACUAUUAACCUCAGUAUCAUAGACCAGAAGAGUGCUUGGCUUAGACAGAUGAGAGAUUCCCAAGUUUUAAGUUCUUCAUCUCAACUGUUCUUGAAAAACAAAAUUUUGAAACACUCCAUAAAGGCACAAAGGUUCACUGCUGUCAGAAGAAACCUGUGGUAUAUUGACCAAAUCACCUACAUUGUGCACAGGAUCCACUGAAGGACAAAAACAAUAACCACAUAUUAUUUCCACACUAUGAGUAUUGGAAAGACUGCUUUUUGGUAUUUGUAGAAGUGAAACCAUGUACCCUGAACUAUUCUUUUAACUGCUGUCUUGUUUAAAAAAUGGUAAAAUGUAUAAGGUAUACUAACCAUAUUUUAAUACACUAAAUGUUGCCUUAACUUGUCCCAAACAUCUAACUCAGCUGCUGUGGACAUUUUCAACUCAGUAGCUAAUGAAGAGAAGCAAUGCAAUUACACUGAAAUACGUUUCUGUUUGUCCUACGCACAAUGAGUGGAAUCCCAACUCUUGGCAAUUCAGUGCCAUAUGCAAAACAUUGUUUCAUUGGUAUUAAGGCACACUAGUGCAUCCCCGCUGAACUGCUAAAGAUUGAUAAUCCCUAUGUUGCUGGUGUCAUGUUGUCUUUUGGAUGCAGAACCAACAUUAGAGUUUUUUUUAUACAGGUAUGAAACAGAAGUUAAAAUAUAUAUAUUGCAGUACAUGUGUAGAUUUAAUGCUCUUGCUGUUAGAUAUUUUACUUACUAAUUUAAUUAAUUUUAUAUCUCAGUGAAUAGAGUUUUCUUUAUUUAUUCCUUUGUACGUAUGUUGUUAGUCUUAAAAAAUCUUUAACAUUUGUUUUGAAUUUGAAAUGCAGAGUCUGAUCCUUAUAGUAGCAAAAUGCUACAAGCAAGUUAAGGGAGUCCUUCUUAGAAUGCUAUGUUAGCAAGUAUCUGGUUAUUAAACUUAUCCACUGGUAAUCACAUUAAUAAUUAUUAUCAAUUUAGUUAAAGUAUGCAGUAUUAGAUAUGUUCUUUGACUGAGAUUAAUGGGAUACGGUUAACACUGGUAUUAUUUAGUACAUGUUUAAAAAGAAAUAGGGUUUCAUUUACAAACCAAGGUGCUUAAUUGCAUCAGUGCAGACUCCAAGAGCAACCAAUCAGAAAUGUUUUGAUCAUCCUAUUGCAAUGUAAUAAAUAAAAGCAAAGAAAUGAUUAGUUACUAUAAGAAACAGCUGGUGCAAUUUAGAACCCAAGUUAAAAAAUAAGGCCCAGAGUCUUUUAUAUGCAGCAUCUUGCUGAAAGCAAGAAUCAGGCAAUAAGGGCCUUGCAGGCUGCUUCAGUAGGCAACAGAAGCUACCAAGUUAUUUCUUGCUGCUCCAGGAAGCAACAAUACUUACAGGAUGAAAUAAGAAGUCCCUUUAUGCCCUUGACCAAAUGACCGAGUAGGAGAUGCAGUAAUGCAAUUGCUGGAAACUUUCAUACCAUGUAACGUUACUCAUGCUUAUGGACCCACACAUGGUUUUCAGGUGUCACUGUAAAGUGAUCAUUGAGUUAAAUGUGGUCACAAAAAUGAUUAACCCAAAUGAUCUAUUAUUUAGCCAUUAUUCCUAUUUUGUUAGUAUUUACUUGAAGUGGAUAUCUUGUUUGGAUACAUUCAUUUACCUAAUUAAGCCUUGUGUUAAAUAUUUGGCUUUUAUACAUUUAAAUGUUUUCUUGCAUUUUACAAACAUACAUGCUAAAUUCAAUUUGCUAGUGCAACAAAUCAGCAAGACUCGAUUGCUAGUCGACAAAUGCCUUUGGGCAAGUUCGCUCUAUGUUAAAGGGGCAGUGCACCCUUUAAAUUAAUUUCUAGUAUAGUAUCAAUGUUCUGAGAAAAUUUUCAGUGACUUCAUUUUUCACUGUUCAGUAGCUCUCCAGUUUGUUUGCUAGGGUCAGGUUUACCCUAACAACUAGGCAGUGGUUUGAAUGAGAGACUGGAAGAUAAAUAUAAAAGGCACUAAAUAGAAAGAUAAGUAAGAAUAACACAAAAAAUAGCAUUACAGAGCCAUACUACAUGCUAAAAGUUAACUUAAAUGCAAACUAUACUCAAGUAAUGCUAACGUGAUUUAAUUUUCAUGCAUUCCAUUACUAUCCAAUACAGAUGUCAAUAUAUCUGGGUCUGAUCUGUGGGUCAGUGGGCAGACAUUAGUACAGAAAAAAUAGACUUAGGUGCCUAUUUAUUAUGCUGUGUACAAUGAAACUGUAAAUAGUUCUGUAAAAUAAAUGGAGAAGUUCACCGUCCGAACGCCAGAUUUUACACUGUUAUUUUAUUUUUAUUUUAAGUUCUGGAGGAAGAAAAAAUGCGAAAGAAAUUACGCGGUGAAGCCUUUCAAUGUGUGGAGAAUUUUGUUGCCGUCUUUUACACAGUCUUUUUACACAGCAUAAUAAGUCUGUCCCUUAAUGUAUAGUAACUUGGUGUAGUCCACCAACACAUUGGGACUCAAGGUUAAGUAAUGGGGUUUAGGGGGUUAGAAGUAAGUUAAAAAUCAGUUUUUCUGUAACUAGUUGUCCGUAUUGGCUAAUGUUUGCACACUGGUUCUUAUUUGUCAUAUUUAGCUGUAUUUUUGUUUUAAAUCAUUACCUAUUUGUAUUACUACAAAUGAAUAGGAGCCACCGUAUUGCUUACUUUAACACACUUCUAUAAAACCGCAAACUAGUGAUGAUAAAUAGGUAGAACUGUUUUUGUGACUGUAACGCCGAGUGCCAAAGGACAUAAGCAGUGUAAUGACUCCCAACAAUAUGUACACAUUUCAACUUACUAGUUUUUUAUUUAUGUUAUGGCUGGAGGGGUGCCAUAAGGAGGGGUCACAUUAACCCCUGCUGCAGAAAAUGAAGAGGCUGCCACAAAGUUUCUGAAGAUAAUGUCAGGCAGCCAUAAAUAUAGAUGUAUUCUGAAUGGUUUUAACAGGAAUUUUUAAAGGUUCUAGUUUCCUUUGUUUCAGUUUAUAUCUAGCAUGUACUGUUUUUGCUUUUUUUUGUUCAUGUAAAUUGAAAUGUUUUAAAGCCAGCUAAACAGAAGACAUUGGCAUUUUUAAAUCUCAGUUGUACCUCGUAAAAGUCAAAAAGUGCAACUUAUCACAAAUCCAUAAAUCUGGAAAGGCCUGGCAUAAAAAAGAAGUUAUAAGCCUUAUGUUUCUCAUGUUAUCUGACCAAUAUUAUUUGAAAGAGGAUCAAAAAUGUUUAGGGAAUAAAACUUGGUUGGAUCAUCACCUGCUAAUGCAAUUCUAUGGGAAUUUCAUGGUCCCGUGCAAACCAUCUGCUAAUAGCAGGGAGAGUCUGAGCAUGUGACCUGAUCUGACAGCUAAACAGCUUUCCCAUCCAUGUUGUGGUACCCAAUUUGCAUGCAACUCGGUUUCUAUCAACUGAUCAGAUACAGAUUCCUUUUAGAAUACAUAUGUUUUUUAUUUUUUUUUAAUCAGGCCAAGUUGUACUAAAUGCAGUCACAUAGUGCUAUAGACUGUGGUAUGAACAUUUUGUGAUUUUGUGUUAAACUGAUAUACUCAAAGGUUAAAUGGCCUUACAGCUACACCAUUUUUAUUCUUUUUAAAAGUUUGCGUUGUAGGGUCACAUGUCAAAACAAUACAAUUUGUAAAAUUUUUUUUUUUUUUUUUUGAGAUGUAAAACUUCCAGCUGAAUAUUUAGAAUCUGUAAAUAUUUGUGAUGUAAAAUAUUACUUCAGAAAUACCUGGACAAAAAGGUUACCCCAGUUAUAUUUUGAUGUUGUAUUUGCCACCACCUACCAAGACGUAUUGACAUUUUUGUUAAGAGACUUCUGCAGUAUUCUGACUGUACAUGUGGUGUUGUCUGAUUUUUAUUUCUAUGUAGUUCAUCCUUUUUCCUAAAUAAAGCUGCCCACUGAAAUAACA